AUGGCACGAUCGCACAAAGACGUCUUGGAGGAACUUCUGAAAUCUCAAAGCUCCAACGAAUUAUCCAUCCUGAAGCUCAGUGAACCAGUCUCUGGAUCUCUCAAGCAGAAUCAGGGCGAGCGAACAUCAGAUGUUUCAGCAGACGCUUUUGAGAACCCAACUCCAGCGAGCCUUGAAGCCGACCUGGCUCACUACAAGGAACUGUUCUCCAAGCUCCGCUUCUCUUACCUCGAACAAGUCACAAAGGAGAAAUUCAUACGCGCUAUUGUCGGCGACCCGCCCCUUGUAGUUGAACAUCAGGAGAAUGUCGAGCUUGAGGAAACCCUUGCUACCUCUAAAGCCGCGCUCAAAGCCCAGAAAACAGAAGUAGCGGAGCUGGUCGCAGAGCUAGAGAAGAAAGGUCGGGAGUUGUCGCGCAAGUACGAGUCUGUCCAGUUACAAACCACGCAACUUCAAGAAUUGCCAGAGAGGAUUGAAGGGCUCCAGUCCAGCAUAGCCGAGUUGAAAGCAACUCAACAACCAGGAUCGAAUCCCACACUGAAUUUACCGCUUGAGAAGACAUUGUCGUUGGUGGAAGAGCGGGAGAGGGAAAGAGAUGAGCUAGACAGGCAACUAAAACAGUUGCAAGUGCUGGUUCCUAGAAAAACCAAGGAACUGGAGAGGCUGAACGCUGAAUUACAGCCUUUGGAGGUGAAGAGGCUUGGGACCAUGGCUACAGCGCGAGAAGCGAAGAGGAGGAAAGAGGAAGCGCUAGGAGGCGUGGGAGAUGACUUGGAAGAGAGGGGAAGAUGGUGGAGGGGUAUCGAGAGCGGCCUGAAAGGAAUGCUGGGUGUCGAGAAUUGA